UUUUUUCAAAAUAUGGUGCUAACAACCUUAACUUCUGCUGCAUUACCAAACAAAAAUAUAAACAAUAGCAAUACCCAACAAAAUCCAACAACGUCCUCCUUAACUUCCACCUUCUCCCCAACAUCAGCCGUUACGGCAAGCGAUGAGCCUUCGACUAGUGCCGGUAGUCCUCAACACAAUAGACUUCAACAACAAAAAUCGAAAAGGCCCCCUCUUUUUAUCAUACCAGAUGGCCAGGAGACAGCAUUGCUUACACAUCAUUACCAAAUUUGUGAUAUUAUCGAAAAAGGACCAAUUUAUACUGUUUAUCGAGCGGUGCAUAAGGCUACAGGGAGGAAUUGCUCUAUUAAAAGCCUUAAUCUACAACGUUUUUCUGCUAUUUCCGGUCUUUCCAGUGAAGAUGCAGAAAAGGAGGUGGAAAUUUGUACAGCACUAACACACCCUCAUUUUGUCCAGCUUGUCGAUGUUAUUUCCGGUUGUAAUGCUCUACACAUGGUUUUUGAAUGGGUAGACGGGCAGGACAUUUGUUUUGAAAUUACCCGGCGGGCCGCUGCCGGAUUUAUUUAUAGCGAGGCUGUUGCUGCUCAUUACACUCGUCAACUAGUUCAAGCAGUUCAAUAUAUGCACUCACAGAAUAUUUUGCACAGGGAUAUAAGGCCACACAAUUUAUUGCUUGAAAACAAUGAAAACAACGCGCCUUUAAAGAUACAUGGACUUGGGGUAGCUUUCAAGUUGAGUGAUGAGAAUAAUAAAUGCCCUCCUGGCCGUUUUGGUAUCCCCCAAUUUAUGGCACCCGAAAUUAUUGCCGGCCAACCUUAUGGACAGUCAGCAGAUAUGUGGAGUGUUGGCGUCGUUCUGUACAUUUUACUUAGCGGAAAAGUGCCUUUUAUUGGAAAACCUGUCGAAGUUACAAGACAAAUUCGUGCUGGAGAAUUUUCGGUAAUGUGGGGGAUCUGUUCAAAAUUUUCAAAAAAUUUUUCAGAAUUUUCAGAAUUUAUUUCAGAAUUUUUUUUUCUAAUUUUCAGAAUUUUUUUCAGAAAUUUUUCAGAAUUUUUUUCAGAAUUUUUUUCAGAAUUUUUCAGAAUUUUUUUCAGAAUUUUUCAGAAUUUUUCAGAAUUUUUUUCAGAAUUUUUCAGAAUUUUUUCAGAACUUUUUUCAGAAUUUUUCAGAAUUUUUCAGAAUUUUUUUCAGAAUUUUUCAGAAUUUUUUCAGAACUUUUUUCAGAAUUUUUCAGAAUUUUUUUCAGAAUUUUUCAGAAUUUUUCAGAAUUUUUUUCAGAAUUUUUCAGAAUUUUUCAGAAUUUUUUUCAGAAUUUUUCAGAAUUUUUCAGAAUUUUUUUCAGAAUUUUUUCAGAACUUUUUUCAGAAUUUUUCAGAAUUUUUUUCAGAAUUUUUUUCAGAAUUUUUCAGAAUUUUUUUCAGAAUUUUUCAGAAUUUUUCAGAAUUUUUUUCAGAAUUUUUUUCAGAAUUUUUCAGAAUUUUUCAGAAUUUUUUUCAGAAUUUUUCAGAAUUUUUCAGAAUUUUUUUCAGAAUUUUUUCAGAACUUUUUUCAGAAUUUUUCAGAAUUUUUUUCAGAAUUUUUUUCAGAAUUUUUCAGAAUUUUUUUCAGAAUUUUUCAGAAUUUUUCAGAAUUUUUUUCAGAAUUUUUUUCAGAAUUUUUCAGAAUUUUUCAGAAUUUUUUUCAGAAUUUUUUCAGAACUUUUUUCAGAAUUUUUCAGAAUUUUUUUCAGAAUUUUUUUCAGAAUUUUUCAGAAUUUUUUUCAGAAUUUUUCAGAAUUUUUCAGAAUUUUUUUCAGAAUUUUUCAGAAUUUUUCAGAAUUUUUUUCAGAAUUUUUCAGAAUUUUUCAGAAUUUUUUUCAGAAUUUUUCAGAAUUUUUCAGAAUUUUUUUCAGAAUUUUUUCAGAACUUUUUUCAGAAUUUUUCAGAAUUUUUUUUUCAGAAUUUUUCAGAAUUUUUUCAGAACUUUUUUCAGAAUUUUUCAGAAUUUUUCAGAAUUUUUUUCAGAAUUUUUCAGAAUUUUUUCAGAACUUUUUUCAGAAUUUUUCAGAAUUUUUUUCAGAAUUUUUCAGAAUUUUUUCAGAACUUUUUUCAGAAUUUUUCAGAAUUUUUUUUCAGAAUUUUUUCAGAACUUUUUUCAGAAUUUUUCAGAACUUUUUUCAGAAUUUUUCAGAAUUUUUUUCAGAAUUUUUCAGAAUUUUUUCAGAACUUUUUCAGAAUUUUUCGGAAUUUUUUUCAGAACUUUUCAGAAUUUAUUUUUCAGUUUUCCGGUUCAUCUUGGGCCUUGAUUAGUGAACCUGCCAAAGAUUUAUUGCGAAAGCUGUUAAGGGUGGAUGAGCGUGAAAGGUUAACUCCUUCAGAAUGCCUAAGCCACGACUGGCUUGCAAGGAAACAAGUUCCAUUGCGUGUCCAUUUGAUUGAGACAAUUGAAAAUGUUCGCCGAUACAAUCAAAGGCGGCGACUUAAAGUGAUUAAUUAA